AUGGAAGACGACUAUGAGCUGGCGCACAGUCCUGGUGUCACGAAAAUGCCAGAACAGAUCCAUUACACCCACCGGGGAUCCAUUGACCGUGAUGAAGCCGACCUCAUGCGCCUUGGUAAGAAGCCAGUCCUGAAGACCGAGCUAACAAAGAAAAGCGUCUUCGACAUUGGAUUUGCGAAGUAUGCUGCUCUAUAUCAAAGCGCAGCGGCCAAAACAUGA